CGAGCUCAGCGAUUUAGGAAGCAGUCACUGCGGGCUCCCUGAGUUGUGUGGUGCUCCUGGACCGCUCUUUGUCAUCCGUUGUUAUUUUUUAAAGCCCUUUAACCAUGUCCGACGAGGAAGAGGUUUACUCCGAAGAAGAGGAGGAGGAAGAGGAAGUCGUUGAAACGACUACAACCACCACCACUACCAGAGUCGAAGAAGGAGCGGGUGAUCCAGAAUUCAUCAAACGUCAAGAUCAAAAAAGGUCCGAUUUGGAUGAACAACUACGUGAGUACAUCACAGAAUGGCGCAAACAACGUGCCAAGGAAGAACAGGACCUCAAACAGUUGAAGGAAAAACAGGCUAAACGUAAAGUUGCCCGUGCCGAUGAGGAAAGGAAAAUGGCUGAACGUAAGAAGCAAGAAGAAGAACGUCGCGUCCGUGAAAUUGAAGAGAAGAAACAACGCGACAUUGAAGAAAAGAGACAACGUCUCGAAGAAGCUGAGAAGAAACGCCAAGCCAUGAUGCAAGCUCUGAAGGACCAAAACAAGAACAAAGGACCCAACUUCACCAUCCAAAAGAGAGAAGCUGGAGCCAACCUUUCCGCUGCUCAAAUUGAAAGAAACAAGACUAAGGAACAGUUGGAAGAAGAAAAGAAGAUUUCCCUUUCCAUUCGUAUCAAACCAUUGUCCAUCGAUGGUUUGAGCGUAGACAAACUCCGCGAAAAGGCCCAAGAAUUGUGGGACUGUAUCGUCAAAUUGGAAACUGAAAAGUACGAUUUGGAAGAAAGGCAAAAACGCCAGGACUACGAUCUUAAAGAGUUGAAGGAAAGACAGAAGCAGCAACUGAGACACAAAGCCUUGAAGAAAGGUUUGGACCCAGAAGCUCUUACUGGCAAAUACCCACCCAAGAUCCAAGUAGCCUCCAAAUAUGAACGUCGUGUUGACACCAGAUCAUACGACGACAAGAAGAAACUUUUCGAGGGUGGUUUUGAUCAUUUAACUUUGGAAACAAGCGAAAAAAUGUGGAAAUCUAGAUUAGAGGAAUUCAUGAAUAGAUCAAGAACCAAACUUCCAAAAUGGUUCGGUGAAAGACCAGGCAAAAAGGCUGGUGACCCAGACACUCCUGAAGGUGAAGAAGAAGGCAAACAAGCUGCUGAUGAAGAUGAAGAUCUUAAGGAACCCGUGUAUGAACCUGAACCAGAAGAAGAGGAGGAAGAAGAGGAAGUUGAGGUAGAUGAGGAAGAGGAAGAUGAAGAAGAGGAGGAAGAAGAAUAAAUAUCAAUAGCACAUCCAACAUAAAAAUAACAUCAGUGUACCCACUGUUUGGGGCUUAAAAAUUAAUCCAUUUUUUGUUUUCCAUUCUACAGAAAAUGUUAAUUUAUUUGUAAUUAUAUAUAAUAAAGUUUUAUUUGUAAUCAUAAAAAUGUUA